AUGUCGUUGACCAAGCAGCCCACGCUCAGGCAGGAAGCUUCGUCAGAAGAACUCUAUCGGCGCACGGUCAAACGCAUCGAGAAGAUACAGUCGCAUUUGAAGGAAACACCGAGAGGUACCAGGCUGAAAGGGAAGGUAUGUGUGAUCACCGGGGUCGGGUCACUCAAGGGUAUUGGUCGUGCUUCUGCGCUCUUGUAUGCUCAUCAAGGCGCCGAGCAUCUCUACCUUUUGGACUUUGAUGGGACGAACCUCCCUGAGCUCAAAUCCACGAUCGAGAAGUCUUACCCUGAUGUCAAAGUCACAGUCAUACAGGCCGAUGCUGCGGACGAUGCUGCGAUAUUGGAUGUGUGCCAACAAGCGCUCAAAGAGGAGGGACGCUUGGACGUGUUUUUCGCUAAUGCAGGGGUUGCAACCGCAAUGACGUUGGAAGAUACUUCUGCUGAAGUAUUCACCAAAAUCAUGCGGGUCAACGCACUUUCAGCAUUCCUUGCAGUCAAGCAUGCUUCAGCUGCAAUGAAGAAGCCGAACGCCUCGAGGGGGAAAGAGGUCAGCAGCGGCAGCAUCAUCUUGACCGCGUCUGUUGCUGGCAUCCGAUCUGGUGCAGGUUCUGUGGAUUAUAGCGCAAGCAAGGCUGCCGUAAACUCUAUCGCGAAGACCGCCGCUUGGCAGCUCCAGCGCACCGACAUUCGCGUCAACUCGAUAUGCCCGGGGCUCAUUGAGACAGGCAUGACAAGCUUCACAUUUGACUACGCUCGCAAGAGGGGCACCGCUUCCAAACUCGGUCAGUUGAACCCCAUGGGUCGCUUUGGCGUCGCUGAAGAGAUUGCGCAGGCCGCGUUGUUCUUGGCGUCAGAUGAAUCGAGCUAUAUCAACGGACAGAAUGUCACCGUCGAUGGCGGGUUGACGGCCUCGCUUCCUGUGAUUCCGGGUAAAUUUGCCUAGGAUGCUCAGAUCGAUGAACCUUGUGUACAGAAGUAGAGGGUUGGAGGCGACUUGUUUUGGCAAGCUGAAAAGUCGCAUAGCAUCGAUACAAACUCACAUGACAACAUCAUGUAUCGCGACACGGCGAUGAUGUACACACUAAGGCCACAACAAAGCUAUAGGACGUAAAUACCCGGCACUCAACUCCGGUAUCCUUAAGACUCAAGGAGAUGCCUAUACUUCGGUGUGUGGGGUUGUAGCUCUAUUUGACGCACAUAUACUUUGCUCGGAUGAGUUCACUGUUCUUGACUACAUGUUGCUCGACUGAAUAGAUUCAUCCAUGAUCGCGAG